AUGAACGAACCAGAUAUUUUAAGAAUGUCUCAUAUAUCAAAUGUUAAAUCAUCCAUAUUAGAAACUCUUGUUGGAAUCAAGAAUAAAACUGGCGAAUAUCAUACAGUUGAAACUCAAACAGAUAAUCUUUCCCUUGCGCAGAAGCUUUCAAGGGUUGAUGAAGCAAUAAGAGCUAACAGAUCUUCUGUUAAGUCAUAUGAGCGCCAAAAACUUGUACAUGAUAGACUUGAGCAGAUUAAGAAAGAAAAAGAAAUUGAAUUGGAGAAAAGACUUCAAUACACAUUUAACGCUCAAACAACAAUGGAAAUGAGUCGAUCAAGGAUGGAUCAAACAGAGAAAUUCCGUUUAGAAGUUGAAAAUCUGAAAGCACAAUAUGAAACAAUGUUCUUGAAGAAGAGUGCUGAGUUCAAACUAGCUAGGGAGCAAGAGGAAGAAGCAACGAAAAUGCUUCAAGAGGAAUUAGAUAAGCAGAUUGCAAGACUAAAGGCUGGCUUAGACCCUGCACCAUCAAAUAUUUCCGCUCAACAAGCGCAUGAGAUGUCGCAAAAGAAGCUUAAAAAACUCCUUGGAAAAGCACAAAAUCUUAUGAGGAAACGAGAGUCACUUAAGAUCAAGCUGAAAGCUGAACAAGAAGCACAUAAGCAGACUUUGCGUGAACUUGCCGAGCUUCAGAAGAAAUUUGCUUCAUUAAGCGUUUAA